GUGGAUCGGGUUCUGGGGCCGCGAUGGACACCACCCCGAGUGAGCUCCCCCACAUCGUGUGCCUGCUGCGCGACUCACUGCCGCUGGAGCAGGAUGACGUCAGCGUCUGCUUCGAUCCGGCUCGCUUCGCCCGCAAGACGAACCCGGCUCAGGAGCAGGCCAUCGACAGCCAAUGGCGGCGCCAGUGCCGGCAAAACCCGCGCCUCUUCAACGGCUCCAAGUUCCGGUACGCCGGCCUGCGCUGGACCGGCGCGCCGCAGCUGCAGCUGGGGCUUACCAGCUACCGGGAGCACAUCGGCACCAACUGCCGCGCCGGUCAGCGGCUGCUGCAGGAGGCGGGCGCGGCCGUGCACGGCGACCGGCAGGCGUUCCUGGCCGACCCACUGGGCGUCGGGGCGCUGCUGCUGACCGCCGACAACCGGUUGGCAUUCGUGCGGCGUGCGCUCUGGACGGGCGAGUACCCGGGCCGGCUGGACCGGCCCGGCGGCCACGCCGAGCCGGACGACCGCGCGUACUUGACGGGCGUGCUGCGCGACCGCGACAUGGGCGGCCGACCCACGCUCGAGUUCGUCGUCAGUUCAAUGCAAGUGGAGAUUGCUCACUGCCCUCGUCCGAAACUGGAGCGGAUCUACAAUGAGGGCAAGCACGCGGAGGCGGACGAGUCGCUCGGCCUCGUCUUCCUGACGCGCCUCGAGCUCUUCUCGGACUCGUGCGUGAUCCGCGUGCCCGAGCUGGACGAGGUCGACGCCGAGUGCCCCGGGGGCGGCCAGAUUGAAACGCUUGCUGAGGUGGUCAACAACCCCGAGGUCAACGCUCCCGAAGGCGCCGACGCGGCGACGGCGGAAAAGAGCGUGGAAGAAGCGGAGCGCGAGAGGAAGGCGAAGCUGUGGGAGGAGAUGACGCCGGCCUGCCGUGGAAGUCUGAUGCUGCUGAAGCAGGUGCAGCUGAAGGGUUUCGUGUUCCGGUUUUGA